AUGGCAGACAAACCAGAUAUCAGUGAGAUCUCUCAGUUUGACAAGACCAAACUGAAGAAAACUGAGACUCAGGAGAAGAAUACUCUUCCAACCAAAGAGACCAUUGAAAAGGAGAAGCAAUGUGAGGCAUAA